UAACGAUUUGACCACAAGGUCGUGGUGGCAGUUAAAGCUUUUACACCGAAAGAUACUCUUUUCUAGCUUGCUCGUAUAGUACUGUCACUAAAAUGAAUCGAAAUGCUUUUGAAUUUUAAAUGAUUAUAUUGUGUGUCGUAGGAAGUAUAUGCUCUAUCACUAAUUUGAAUGUACGUCUUCAAAAACUAUUCCAGAUGAGAAUAAACUACAUGUAAUCUCCGAACGAUGAAAAAAGUUACACUGAAAUACCGUAGAUUUUCGUUAGGUUUUAAAUACUUUGUCUCGUGAUUUAUUCUGGCAUGGUUCAUGAAAGUCAAGGACCUCAUAAAUCAACUCUUAUUGAACAAACGGUAAAAGGAGCCAUAGCAGGUGGAGUCACUGGAGCAAUUGAGAUUUGCAUCACUUUCCCGACUGAAUAUGUUAAGACACAAUUACAACUUGACGAACGUAUGGGUAGUGCCAGACAAUAUUCGGGACCCAUUGACUGUGUAAAGAAGACGGUAGGAUCUUAUGGUUUUCGUGGUUUGUAUCGAGGUUUACCUGUUCUCCUAUAUGGCUCUGUUCCCAAGUCGGCUGUCAGAUUUGGAGCAUUUGAAGAGUUUAAACGUCAUAAUUUAUCUCCAGAUGGAACUCUUACAGCUGGAAGAAAACUUUUAUGUGGUUUAGGCGCAGGGGUUUGUGAAGCUAUAAUGGUAGUUACUCCGAUGGAAACCAUCAAAGUGAAAUUUAUUAAUGAUCAAACAUCUAAAAAUCCACAUUAUCGUGGUUUUUUCCAUGGCUGUGGCUGUAUCGUCAAAGAACAUGGGAUUACUGGUAUGUACAAAGGUGUAACACCGACAAUUCUGAAACAAGGAAGUAAUCAAGCCAUUCGUUUCUUUGUAAUGGAAACUUUGAAGGAUGGUUAUCGACAGUAUCGAGGUGACAAAACUACUGGACUACCUGUCCCAAAAUUACUAACUGGAUUAUUUGGGAUUAUUGCUGGUGCAGCAUCCGUCUAUGGAAACACACCUCUGGAUGUUGUCAAAACUCGAAUGCAAGGCCUUGAUGCACAUAAGUAUAAAAAUACACUUCAUUGCGCUUGGAAAAUAUGGACUGAAGAAGGAUUUUUUGCUUUCUAUAAAGGUACUGUACCUAGACUAGGUCGCGUCUGUUUAGAUGUUUGUAUCAGCUUCAUGAUUUAUGAUUCAUUUAUGGAGAGUUUUCACAAAGUAUGGGACACGAAGAAAUCUUAAAAUAUUUUCAUUUUUAUGCAUUUAUACUGUUCUUGGUUGUGACGAAAUUCUUCUCAUAUAUAUAUAGGAAAUAGUAACUUUAAAGCACAAUAGUCCAUUCACUUUUUAUUUACAUUUGAAUCUGAUAAAAAAAUAUUUGAAUAAAGAAGUAGAUGGAGAAUAUGAAUACACUUGUUGUAUCCAAUUACUUAUCUAUGUAUUUAUCCAUACACAUAUUUAAAUCAUUCCAAGCUUUAUUUAUAUAUUCCACAUAUGGUUGUGCUAAUUUUCUUUGGUUGUGCAAUAAUUCAUACAAAAAUCGGUGAUAUGUUAUUAUUCUUUCGUAAUACACAGAUUGUCGAAUUUAUUUCUGUUUAUCUACAGUCGAUUAUUGCAUGUUUUUUUCUUAUUAGAAACAAACUUUACUAUUCCUCUCGGUUUUUUUUCUUGUUUGAUUUAUUCCUUUGCUCAAUGGAUUCCCUUUUCUUUUGAAAAGAAAAACAAUCUAUUGUUCACUAUUGAGAACUUCUAUCAGUUUGAUGAUAUCGAUCUUUAUGAGUUAAUUUAUUCACACUCGGAUUAACUAUGAUUACGGUUUUUUAAUCUCUUUCAAUUUGUAUAUCUAUGACAUUAUUUAUUUAUUUGUUUAUUCACUAAAUGGUUAUUAUUAUUAUUAUUAUUAUUAUUAUUAUUAUUAUUACUGAUAUAAGUAUUUUUAUUUAUAAACUCUUCUGAUCAAUGUCAAAUUACACCCAAUAAAUGUUUACUAUAUACAUCUCAUGUUUAAACUUGUUUUAUGUAAAGGGUUACUGUUAGAUACCUCACUCACAUUGUUUUCGUGUAUUCACUUUCGUUUACUUGCACUGAGUCAUUAUGAUUUGACAGGGAGUGCUUCAUUAUUUAAAUAAUUAAGAUCAGCAUUGUUAAUUUGAUAGAAUCUACUAAAAUGAUUAGAG